ACAAGAACAAAUUCAACAACUUCAACAACAGCUACAACAACAAAUUCAACAACAACAACAACAAAUUCAACAACAAGAAAAGCAACAACAACAAAUUCAACAACAGCAACAACAACAACAACAACAACAAAUUCAGCAACAACAACAACAACAACAAAAUGGUGAUCAUAAUGGCACAAAUAAAAGUAUAAAUGGCAAUAAAGAUAGUAAUGAUAAUAUACAUAAUAAUAAUAAUAACAAUAAUAGUAAUAAUAAUAAAAAUGAAAUAAUUAAAGAUAAAAAAGAAGAAAAUGAAAUUAAAAAGAAAGAAAUUUUACAACAAUUAAUGCCACCACCACCACCAAUAAAUGAUUCAAGUAAUUAUAAUGAAAAUAUAUCAUAUUUUGUAUAUGGCUCCCAAUUUACAGUACCAAGAAGAUAUUCAAUUGUAAAAUGUAUAGGUCAUGGUGCAUAUGGUGUUGUAUGUUCAGCUAGAGACAAUUUAACCGGUGAAAAAGUUGCAAUUAAAAAAAUUAGUAAAGCAUUUGACAAUUUAAAGGAUACCAAACGAACUCUAAGAGAAAUCCAUCUUUUAAGACACUUUAAACACGAAAAUUUAAUAUCUGUUAAAGAUAUACUGAAACCAAAUAGCAAGGAUACAUUUGAUGAUGUAUAUUUGGUUUCAGAAUUGAUGGAUACCGAUCUUCAUCAAAUUAUUUCAUCUCCACAACCUUUAUCAGAUGAUCACUGCCAAUACUUUGUCUACCAAAUGUUAAGAGGUCUUAAACAUAUUCACUCUGCAAAUGUACUUCAUAGAGAUUUAAAGCCAAGCAACCUAUUAAUCAACGAAGAUUGUCUCUUAAAGAUUUGUGAUUUGGGUUUAGCUCGUGUUGAAGAUGCCACUCACCAAGGUUUUAUGACUGAAUAUGUUGCAACUCGUUGGUAUAGAGCCCCAGAAGUAAUUUUAUCCUGGAAUAAAUAUACAAAAGCUAUUGAUAUUUGGUCUGUCGGUUGUAUUUUUGCAGAGCUAUUAGGUAGAAAACCAUUAUUCCAAGGAAAAGAUUAUAUUCAUCAAAUUACAUUGAUUAUUGAAACUAUUGGGUCACCAUCAGAAGAAGAUAUUAGUAAUAUUGCAAAUGAGCAAGCACGUCAAUUCAUUAGAAAUAUGGGCUAUGUGCCAAAAGUUAAUUUUGCAAAUCUAUUCCCAAAAGCAAACCCCGAUGCUAUUAAUCUAUUAGAAAGAAUGUUAUGCUUUGAUCCAAAUAAAAGAUUAACAGUAGAAGAUGCAUUGUCACAUCCAUAUUUUUCCACAUUACACGAUCCAUCCGAUGAACCAAUUUGUUUACAUAAAUUCAAUUUAAGUUUUGAAUCGUGGGAUUUAAAUAGAGAACUCUUAAAAGAAUUAAUAUAUAACGAAAUGUUGUACUACCAUCCAGAUCCAAAUGAUAGCACCAUGGUUUACACCGAUUUAAAUAAUCCUGCCUUUAAUAUUCAAAGUUUUCAAAAUAAUAGCAAUGACCUUUUUAAUUUAUUCCAACAACAAAAAUUCCAAUUACAACAACAAAUCAAAAAUUAAUAAAAUUUAAAAUUAAUAAAUUUUAAUUUGAACUUUUAUUAUAAAUAUAAAUAUAAAUAUAAAUAAUAAUAUAUAGAAUCCCUAAAAAUC